AUGCGACUGCGUCGAAGCGCGGCGCGCGAUGGGCGGCGACGGAUCCUGGUAGGACCGGAAGGAGCCGCGUCGCCGCCCUGCGAGCUGACAACUGCCGCGCACAUCAGCUCCAAGGCUGUCGACGUCGACGAAGUCGUGUUCUGCGUGCUGGACAGCCUCGUGGAUGGCAAGCCGGAGACGGAAAGGGCCGCGACCAGCACGAUCCUGCGCUUUGCGAAACUGCAACAAGACUUCACGAUCAGAGCCAUCCUAUACUUCUUGGAGGUCCAGAAGACCACCGAGUCGCAUCAACAUGCGCUGUUGGUGCUGUUGCGCAAGUGCAUCACGCAGUCGCAUGAAACCAUUCCAACCGGGCUGCUGCGGGAUGUGCUGUUGUUCAUGCUGAAGGAGCUCAACUUCCUCGGUGCUAGCGACGUGAGGCACUCUGUGAUCAUAGAGGCAGUGAACGAAACGGCGGUACUCUGCCCAGCCUUCUCCGUCGAGGUCAUUCUUGCGUUCAUCCGCGACCUGCGGCAGGAAAGCGCCAUACCCACGGAGACGCUCUGCAUUUACAUUCGGGUGCUUGCCCACGUCUUCGCUAAGGCAGCUAACAACGAUUACAUAAGGAGCGUCGAUGUUAUAGGACAGAUACUGUCGCUCUACGAUCCAUCUACAAUAUGCGUGGAGUCAGGGGAGUUGUGCAAGAACCUGGUGUCCCUGCUGUGCACCCUCUCGAAGGCGCUUCACCCGCUGCAGGAGUGGCAGAGCGCAGAGAACGCUUCGGAUAUACGUUUAUCCAAGCAACUGAUGGACGCACUGUGUCUCGAAGAUGUGGCACACCGGCGCUUCGCAGCAUGGCAUGCACGGUACCGAGAGUAUCACUUAUCGGUGGACAAGCCGCAGGACGUACAAAGCGAGACUAUGGCGGUGAACCAGCUAGGAGCACUUAUUGGUGGUACUUACACUGAGGAAACCGACGUUCUGUGGUCGUCACGCUCCGCAGAAUCGGGAUCCCAGCCGCCGAGGGACCGGCCUGUCGUCAGGUCGGUGAGGCUGGGAUCGCAUAAAAGAUUAAUAUCGUUUGCUGCGGCACUAUACGCAUCCAGAUCGCUCUGCCAACACAGCGAGCAGAGUAGCGUAGGUUUACAGGAUUCGGAGAGGCCCUCCGUUAGUGCAUCCUCUACGUCGCUCACCCAGGCUGUAGGGAGACACCACAGCUCUGUGGGCCUGGGCAAUGGAAUAGGAGCGCCUAGCCUGGCGGAAGUAAACGAAUGGCGGAAGCAUCCAGAUGUAUAUGGUGGUUUGGCGGCCAGCAAUCAAUUAACUGCGCAGCGUUCAGUCAGCUCGCAGGGGAAGGCCCAGGUCCCUGAAGAACAAGUAGGCCUGAGCCUUGCAAGUCAAAAUGACUUGCAUACUUCUGACGGAAUUUUCAAGUUGGCUGUAGUUGGUGCGCCAAUAGCGGAUAAAGAAGCCGACGGGGGGAGGCAUGGAACGCACAACAAAGUUGGGUUGCGCACUGUGGCCAGGCCAGGCAGUCAUAUGGCGCUGCAAACGCUUUGCGGUCCCAUGGGGAUACCCACUGUGGGUGUGCCUGCUGGGUUCCACGAUGUGUUGGCACCGCUAUUCGCGCUGCUGCUGGAACGGUCGUUAGCGUCGAUAUACACAAACCCGCCGUUUACCAGCACGUGUCUGGAAGCGUUGUUUGCCUUGGCGCUGCUGUCCAAACACGUUUCGGAUGUAACGUUGGCGCGUUAUGGUAUGACCCUGCUGGACAGCGUACUGGUGCGCUUCUACCAAUACCUGCCAAACACCCCCUACUACCCGUUGGCACGGCAGGGGCGCAAGAGCGUGUGGAUGGCGCUGCACAAGGAGUCCAGUGACACCUAUCGCAACAAGAUCGUCACCAUAUUCUCCUCGAUUGGGUCAUACGGCGACAAGAUAACCAUGUUGCCUCCCGCACCCCUGGUGAUGUGCCUGCUGCACCUGUGCAAGGUGCUACUGCGGCGGCGCGCUCACAGCGUCGUAUGUCAGCUGCCGAACAUAUGUGAGGUGCUCUUUGGGCUGCUGGUUGCGAUGCACAGUUGUGGCAAGGUUGCACUGCUGGCCUCGUGCGACAGCAGUUUCGUCAGCUACUACAUCGAUGAGGAGGAGCUGCUGCUCAACCGCAGCGUAGGCAGCGCUUUUCUCGAUAUCGGUUGCGCGUCGUCAUGCAAAGAUUUCGUGCGGACUGUGGUGGCUGCAUGCCGGUUCAUGGCUUCCAGUGUUGACACCCGCUGCUACUUCUUGGACUUCCUGUUCCGCAAGGCGUUGAAGGGAUCCCCUAGGGAGGUGACAGUGGCGCUUUUCAUGUUGGGAUGGGCGUGCUCACACCCGCCGAUCUGUGAAGCUUUGACGAACUCGCGGAGGAGGAGCAGUGCGCCGUGCAGCCUUGGUGUCAGCGGUGCAGUGUUUUGGCGUCUCAUCGAUGUCCUGCACACGCUGCUGGGGCGCAUGCCGGCAGCGUCUUCGCAUCCGCACACACUGCGGCUGCUGCUAGCCCUCAUAAACCACUUGUCAAGAGGAGACUGGCUUCUCCUGCACUGCCUGGUUGGCUACCGCACCGCUCCCAACUACGCCGCCGAUUUCUACCUGGAGCAUGCGACCAUGCGGAUAACUCGGCCUGUACACGCGCUCAUAGACUUCGUAUUCAGCCUCAAAGUUGUGUACGACCUGGAGAAAAGGAUAGCAGAGAACAACAACAAGGUGCGAGAUGUGGGAAUGAAGCUGGCAUCGGGGUUCUUCCGAAAGAUGUACUGCGGCCAGCAUGCAACCAGUUACGACCUGAGCCUCUUAGUAUGUGGCAGCAGGAGUUUUGAGAAGUUUUUGUUGCCGCACUGCGGGGACCCCAUGUUCAUUUACCUGCUGCAGCUGCUGCUCACGAAUUCAAAGAUGAGCGUAUUCACGGUGCUUCGGUCGCUGUCGCAGCUGUUUGCCUGGGGCAAUUCGGAGUCGUUCUCAAGAAUGUGUUCCACCACGGUAUUUACGCGGGCGUUGGCAUUUGUGCUGGUGUAUCUGCACGACCCUGUGAACUACUUUGGCGAGGCGUUCGCGGCGGCCAAGGUGCUGCCGCAUAUGUCGGAGUUGGUGCUCGGCGAGCGGCUCGAGCUAUGCGAUGGCAUUUGGCCCAAAUCAUCUUAUCACGGCUUCGAUUCUUACGUGCUAUCGUUUGACCGUGGAGAUGUAUACGGCCACCUGAGUGGAGUCGACCAUAUAGUGCUGCAUUUCGAGAAGGUUUCGCGCCUGUUUCAGAAAAUGUUCCGCUUGACCUCGUUUGAUAGUGUGGCAGUGGUGAUGGUGAACCAGCUUUCGAGGAUAUGCCAAAGCCUGAAACCACCGACUACCACGUAUACGUCGCUGCUAAAACUGAGCAACGUGCAGGCAUCCAGUUCCUUGACGAUGUACCACAGACUGGGGAUUUUGCAUAUCAUGGCUGCAUGCUCCAGAUGCUCUGUCGACCUCUGCUCGUCGCUCAUUGAUUUCCUCCUGGGGUUUAAGGGGCACGCUUCGCAGGUUCCCUGGGACGGCAAAUUCAGCGCCGACUCGGGCGUGCCCCCAUUCUCAACCGUUUUGGGCAAAUGGGCGCCCCUCACAUUGAAUGUGUGCGAGCAGAUGCGUUAUACGAUGUUGCAGUUGCACGAGUUCAAGCGUUACUGCGCCCAUGCAGCAGCUGGCAGCACUUCAGUAAACGGCGUUAUGGCUAUCAGAGAUGUUGUAGGCAUUGCCCAAAGCGCUGAAGACAUCUACCUGGACCUUUCGUUACAAGAUGAUCGACUGUAUUUCACUCUGCAACCAGAUGAUUACCUGCAUCAUGAGUCACAGGUACUUCGCGGCCUUAUACUGGGUACGCUGGGGAUGCACCAGCAGUACUACAGCUGUGUGCUCUGGAAGGUCUACUACGGGCUACGGAGCCGUCUUCCGGGUAACGCCGUGAUCUUCACCAAGUUCGCCACCUUAAGCUUCAGCGAAGACCUCAAGGUGGUUGCGCUCACUGCCCUGGCGUAUUUGUAUGCUCGAGCGCCCGCCAACCUUUCAGGUGCGGGGUCGAUUACGGAUUCGUGUGGGAGCGAUCCUGACACGUCUUCGGAUAAGGAAACGUCGACCGAAUUGGCGUCGCCGAUAUCCCGAUAUCUCGAUCAGCUGGCUACUCCAACUGACGAGGGUAGCUUGGUGGACUUGUACACCUUAUGUUUCCGCGAAGGUUGUGAGAAGGCUGUAUGCACUGACCUGGCCGGGGACAGCGGCGUGCUGCGGUGCGUGGCAGUACCAAUGCUCUAUUUCCUGUUACACGAGACUGACCUUGGGAUACAGCACGCAAUCGCGCGAUCUUUCCAUUAUGCCAUGCGCUCAGUAAAGGAGAAUCAUUCUGCACAAGUGACAUUCAGGUUUGCUUAUGAAGCUCUGGACCGUAUCCUGUAUUUUGUUUCGAGCCCGGCUUCUCGCGACUUCGCUGCCAACCAGCUGUACGACUCAACGCUGAUCCGACAACAGUGCGCGCAUCUGUUCAACCGAGCUCGAUUGGAUCUUAACUUCCCAUCAGUUCGUGCAUUCGAGGCUGUCCCUAUCAAGCCUGCUGCAGAUGGCGUUACGUGUUCGAACGUGGCGUUGGCGUUUUUCAGCGCAACAUGCCUGCUAUCUGAUUAUGUUACACCUGGGGACGAUGUUUUGCCAGCUCUACAUGUGGUGCUCUCUUUCGGAGAUUUUUGGCAGGGGAUGAAAAGGUCGUCAAGCAGUUCAGGAAACCAGUUAAGCGCAUCGGGGUCUAUUGAUGUCAAAGCACUAACCGUUCGCUUCAUGAAAAAUUGUGUCGCCAAGGCUGGGUGGAAACGGCUGUCGCAAGUGCUGUCGAUGGCUAUGUUCAUGAGUGAAGGGUUCCCUGCCGAGAUGAUCAAGCAUCGAGUGUCGUUGGUUGUAGGACUUCUGACCGAUAUGGAUCCAUCCUCCGUUAUUAAGACACCUAGUGACGACGUUAUUACGAAAAGUAAUGAUCAAGAUGGUUUGUCGCAACCGUGUGAUGCUUCCAGCGAAAUUGAUGCGGUGAAAAGUGAUUCGUCUCCAUCCUUUGUGGUUGACCAGGUCGACACUACCCUUGAGGUAGCAGAUGCGCAACAAUCAUCGGAUUCACCCCCGCAGGAAAAUCAGCACGAAGCUGCUCCUUUGCAAAACAAUGCAGAAAAUGGUGUGCCAAUCGAUGCAGCUGAUGAUGGAGAGGAGGAGCAUUGGGGGUUCGUUGACUGCGUGCUGUUGCUUUGGGCACACAUACUGCACCUGGAGCCAGGAAGCAAAAUGAGAGAGUCACUGCACUCGUGUCUCAAAACGUUGCUGUACUUUGAAACGUCUGGUCAUUAUUUGUGUGUUAUAUCGGAGGAUCAUAUUUACAAAGCAUUGGCGAUCGACAAGACUGUCGCCGGUCCACAAGAUCCUCAAGAGCCAUUCGUUGGCACUAACCCUCGCAUUACACAAACACCAUUGGAUGCAGAUGACGCAAGCAGGAUAAAAAAGGGCAAGCCGUACUACAGUAAUGUACCUACUGUGGCUUCCGACGUUGGAAAUACUACGCCAGCAAAACUGCCACAGGUUGCUGAUGUCGAACGGAUUGACCUGUUGAUACCGAAGGGGUCACUAAUGAUGGCACUGCUCUGCUGCAUGAAAUAUCUCUCCGCCUCGAGCUGCCUCUCUGGGCCUUUUGCGAAUAUCCUGCAGUUGAUAUUGCAACAGAGGUAUUCCGAUCUGGACCACCAGCACCUGGAGUCUAUCCUGGCAACCAUAUUCAGCAACUUCUCCAGCUCAUUCGAAAGCAACGACGUGCCGUGUUCGACGCAUAACUUCGUGGUGGAUCUCGCCCAAACGGAUUUCGAAGUACUGUGCAACGUUAUAUUCGCGCCAAACUGCAAUUAUUCCAAGAGCUUCAAACUGUCGGUGACUACGCUCAUAACACACGACCCUUUUCUUACACUGCAGUUGCUUGACUUUUUGGAAAGGUGCAUGAUGGCUGAGUACAGACAUUCGAUACCUACACGUCACAGUGUCUCUAUGGAGUAUAUUCUGGACUUCGUAGGCCACAUAUACGUGAAUUGCGAAACUGGGAUUUUGCACUCUGAUGAAGGGGUAAGAUUCGUCACGACACUGAUAAUCCAUUCCACAUGCAUCACGAGAUCCAAUUCAAGAGAUUCGCUACCCAUUUUGCAGCGCCUGACAGCGCUUGUGGGUCAACUCGUAGCACGUGCGGAUGCUAUCCGUGAUGGCGUCGACGGUAAAAGGCGUGUCGACGCCUAUUUGAAACUCAGCGACCAAGUAAAUGGGAAUUUGGGGGCAACGAAGGACGACACCAACUUACGCCGAGUGGCCUCUAAGCUACGCCGUGGCUGCAGGUCACUAAUGACAUCGUCGGAGUUACACCAGCAGCAAUUCAUACGUUUCCUGGAUCGUCUGCUGCAAUGCCAAAGUGAGUUCAAACCGGGGUUGGUUUCCAUCUGCCUCUCCAUUUUCUGCAACCUCUUGCGUGAAAAGGCGCUACGGCGCUACAUCACAGCGAUAAUAGGGAUUAUCAAGAAGAUUGGGUCUUUCAAAUACCUGAAGAGGUUUUACUACCGCUCUGUCCACUAUUACUUGUUGAAUCUGGGGAGUCCUGAUGGUGGUCUGUAUACGAAUAGUUUCAUCAGCAAAGGGAACCGUAGGCGUCAUGCAAAUUUUGAUCGGCGCACGAAAUUAAAUAGAUCUACAGAUGCUGCUAGUUCAUAUGCCGGACCUGAAAUACUUCGUGCAGUCAGAAAUAACGGCGGUGACAAUUCGAGGAGCGCGGUACUCAGAACCUUUUCGAAAGGGAGGACGGAAAAUCCCAUCAGCUUGCAGCAGUCGCUAAUGGAUGACUUAGUGACCUCGUUGAUGAAUGACCUUUCUAAACCAUCAGCGGUUGGCAACGUGCACUGUAUGCAGAGAGCGGCGUCGAGUUUGAUAAGGUUUGUGACUGCGAGUAGGGGUUACCAAGUUCGCAAUUUCCGUAAUAUGGUGGCGCAGUUGCUUAGGAAGCCCACAGCGCUGAUUAGCACCGAUAAACGGGUACUUUGCGCCUUCGCAGAACUGUACCUGGCUAUAGCAGAAUGGUUGGAGGCAUGUGUUUCACGAGGGUAUGUUCUGCCAGUGGAAGUUCAGCGGCAUCUUCUGCCCCCAUUAGGCCUGUCUAUACUGCACGGAUCGGUGUCAAUGCGCUCUAUGAGAAAGUACAAGCGGUUGACCCGCACCCUUACUGGCUUGUUAGGUGAUGCAUUUCCUCUUGCGUUGAGCGUGAACUCGUCCAGUCGUAGUUGGCUCAAGUCGGUGCUAUUGCGGCGGCCGUUGGCGGAGCACGCGAAAUUCCCCUAUCUGCAGUUGUGUAUGUGCGGUUGUAAUAAUCCACAACUGACACACGUGGCUGGUGAACGUUUCUGUGUAUGCCAUGCCUUUUACUUGCUGGACCUGUUUAGCAGCUGCUUCCCGAGCUACUCUUGGAACGUGGAACUCGGCGUGACCGACAACAUCGACUCGGAGAUUGCGCGUCUGCGGAGGGACGAACAUAUGAAGCGCACCUCGCAGGUACUCUUCGGCAGCUUCAACGACUUUACUCCGAGUCAAUCGUUGGUCUUGGGUAACCUAGCAACGAUUUCGCGAGAUGAGACGUUUGCGGACGAGGAACGCGAUUUUGUUGACAUGAGCGCCGCCUACAAGGUGCGAGUCAAGCGCAGCAAGUCGAGGUCACAAUGCAACGCAUUAUCCAGCAUGACGUCUAACCAGUCGUUGGGAGCGAUGAUGACGGCGCGGUCGAUGCGCAGCUCAUCGUUCAACAACGCUUACUUUGACCAUCAGGAUCCUAACGAAUGCAGUGCGUUUGAUGUCGCAUCCGGUGGGUAUGGGGGCGCCAUUCGUGCCAUGUCUGCUGACUCAAAACGCGUCGGCAUUCACACGCAAGGAAAUAAAUAUACAAAGCUAUCAAGAUUUUUGCCUUCACGUUCGUUUGAAAAUAUAAGGACCGCGACACAGGUGACACAACUCGAAGCAGAAUCGCCAUUCUGGCUGGAUUUGAGUCUGCCAAACCACGAUGCUGACCGGUUCCUUUAUCAAGAGUACCCGCACGCAUCUAGAGGUGUUAUUGGUACAACUUCGAAUCAUGGUGAUGAGGCUAGGAAUGCAGCAUCUGUUGGCGUCGCGUCACAAGGAGGCGAGGGUGUCAAUCUCAAUUCGUCAUGCGGAAGCCUUUGCACUAGCCUUGAUGUGCCCAGUGAGCGUCGGAGCCUAAUGUUUGGUAACCAAUAUGGUGUCGGAUCUGUAGGUGAAGCGGCCGGGCAGCUGACUUCGAGUGAUUUGGGUGAUUCUCUAAGCAAAAGGGAUGGUUCGCCCUCUUAUAUCCGCCAACGGGGAAAAGGAGACUUUGAAGGAGACAGAAUACUUCUGAACAGAGCAAAAAGAGGCCUCAUUGCUAGAUCAGAUAGUUCAUUCGCAGAAGAGCGUUUAAGUGUGGCAGGCUCAACUGGGAGCCCUGUGUCGCCUGCUGUGUCCUAUAAAAAUGGUGCUACCACCGAGAUCGGCGAAUGCAAUUCACCUACAUCGGCGAAACGGCGAUUUAGAAACGAAAUAAUAGAAAUCGAAGACAAUCUGGUUCCCUCAGGAUACAUCGCUUCCUCCCAAAGCGUAAGUUUCCGCUGGCCUUCAAGUAAACGCUCCAUGGGCAAGGCACUUAAUUCGUUACCGUGCUUACCAUCGCUGUUGCCCAUUCUAACUGUCGCAGAUUUCCAGGUCGAAAAUGAUGGGCAUCUGCGCAGGAUAAAUGUAUUUAAUGGCGAGCGCAGGAAUAGCCGUAGGUCAUGUGACACGUGGCCAGUCGGGCAAAACCUGUCGUUUUUCGACAUAUCGAACCUUGAAUGCAUCUGGAACACCACGCUGUAUACUUCGCCCAUGGUCUACCGCUUUAUGCUCCUCAGCAAAUACCUCACUAGACCCCGAAUAUAUGCCUGUAUUCGAGAGGAGCAAGGUGGUCCAUGUCCUCCAAGCCAGGGAAGAAUAAGCCUCACGGCGGCAUCUCCCAAGACUACAGCGCAAACCGAUAGUCCAGCGAAUCUGGGGAUAGUGAAACCGCCGGAGUCAACAGUGCCAGAGAGCGUGAUGAUCAACGCAGUGCGCGGCGCAGCUGCCAUUCUACAUAUGGCUUUACUGCACCUGACCCACGAAGAAGUCGUCUUGCGUCAGCACAUUGUCAACAAUUGGCCACGCUGCUUCUUGGAAAUGGCGCGCUAUAAUGCGGUGCUGCACUUCGAGGCGCUUGCGCAGACUGCCAGCAAGCAGCUUUGCAAGAUGCUGGAGGGGUCCUCCGGUCUUUUGAAACGCGUUCUGCUAGAGUCGAUGGAGCUAUUCGCGGUUGUUCUCUCGAACUCCACUCCUGACGCUUAG